AUGCAGUUCUCCAGCCUCUUCAAGCUUGCUCUCUUCACCGCCGCAGUCUCUGCUGAUACCGUCUCAUACGAUACCGGCUACGAUGACGCUUCUCGCUCCCUGACUGUCGUCUCCUGCUCCGACGGCGCCAACGGCCUCAUCACCAGAUACCACUGGCAAACCCAGGGCCAGAUCCCUCGCUUCCCGUACAUUGGUGGUGUCCAGGCCGUCGCGGGCUGGAACUCCCCCAGCUGCGGCACCUGCUGGAAGCUCACCUACAGCGGCAAGACCAUCUACGUCUUGGCUGUUGACCACAGCGCUGCUGGCUUCAACAUUGGCCUCGACGCCAUGAAUGCCCUGACCAACGGUAACGCCGUUCAGUACGGACGUGUCGACGCCACCGCCUCUCAGGUCGCUGUGAAAAACUGCGGUCUGUAA